GGUGAUCUUAAAUUAUUUGUAUAUGGAGAAAUCCAAUAACUCGAAUUUUGGUAGUUUUUCCCGUCCGCCUACAGAUCAUGAACGUGUUCAUGAUACCUUGGAAAACGAUUUUAAACGAAUGGACAAAAUGUUUGCCAAGGGAGAGAUUUCUUUUUUCGGUCGCAAUUCUGAUAAUGUUUUUAAGGAUUUAGAUUACAUUCGAAGGAAACAAAUUGAAUUGGCACAUCAACACGUUGCUUUAGAGAAUUCUCAAGACGAAGAAUUGCCUGUUAUACCAACAGAAGAUUCUGCUGAAGCUUUUAAACGAAAUGCGGAUCUAUUUGUGAAAAAAGAACAAGACUUGAACAAUUUGAUGGAAAAUCUCAAUAAUUUAAUGGAAAAGCUUGAAGACUUGGGACAGUCAAUGGGUCAACCAUUAAAAUUUCAAAAACCAAAAUAA